AAUUUGUGGUUUUCUGUGAGAUAGAAUUGAUUGAGUUCAAGUACAAAACCGGGGGGUGGAUGACGUUAAGAGGUCCGUGAACAUGUGAUGAGAUUAUUACGAUGACACAUGUGUGACCACCUUUUUAGCCCAUUUGGCUCCAUCCACUAUAUAUUUCACAUUAUUCGCUAUGUGACCGACUCUUCAUCUGUCUUGCUCCAGCUACGAUAGAGAUUCAUCUGUGUGGUUCGUUUUUUCUUUUUGCUGAAUUACAAGGCUGUGUGGUUCAUUGUGGUGGAGUUGAAUCGAGAAAUGGCGGAGGAGUACAAGGAGGCGUUGUUGGAGAAGCACAAGUACCACGAGGGAUGUCCUGGAUGCAAGGUCGAGCAGAUGAAGCAGCUCCGGAAAGGAUAUCCUUAUUUGGAGCUUUCCUUUGUUUGGAUCAUCGUCCUCUCCACUUCUCUGCCGAUUUCUUCACUCUAUCCCUUCCUCUAUUACAUGAUUGAGGAUUUUGGUGUUGCAAAGACAGAGAAAGAUAUUGGGUUUUAUGCUGGUUUUAUAGGAUGCUCAUUCAUGCUUGGCAGAGCACUAACUUCAGUUUUCUGGGGAAUAGUAGCUGACCGUUAUGGAAGAAAACCCAUCAUACUCUUGGGAACUAUCUCCAUUGCAAUUUUCAAUGCUCUUUUUGGGUUAAGCUUGAACUUCUGGAUGGCAAUUGGCACAAGGUUUCUUCUAGGGAGUUUCAACUGUUUGCUUGGAACAAUGAAGGCAUAUGCGUCAGAGAUAUUUCGUGAUGAAUAUCAAGCAACAGCAAUGUCAGCUGUUAGUACUGCUUGGGGCAUUGGUCUGAUCAUUGGCCCGGCUCUAGGGGGCUUUUUAGCACAGCCGGCAGACAAAUAUCCGAAUGUGUUCUCCAAAGAUUCCAUAUUUGGGAGGUUCCGCUAUGCGUUGCCUUGCUUUACCAUAUCAGCUUUCGCAUUGGUUGUGACAGUACUGUGCUGUUUCAUUCCGGAAACACUGCACAACCAUAAGCAGGACAUCACUUCAGAUGAUGACUCAUACGAAGUACUUGAAGCUGCAUCUCGUGAAUCUACCGGGAAGACAGGAAAGAAUGAAAAGACUUCUCAAGGGUCUUUGUUGAAGAAUUGGCCUCUAAUGUCAUCUAUCAUUGUCUAUUGUGUGUUGUGUCUACAUGAUACUGCAUACUCUGAGAUAUUUGCUUUAUGGGCUAACAGUCCAAGGAAAUAUGGAGGUUUGAGCUACUCAACCAAUGAUGUCGGUACAGUCCUUGCAAUCUCAGGUCUCGGCCUAUUCUCUUUUCAGGUUUUUGUUUAUCCUUUGGCGGAGAGAUUGCUAGGACCUGUACUGGUCACCCGUUAUGCUGGGGCACUGAUGAUACCAAUACAAAUGAGUUAUCCAUUUAUAGCUAAUUUAUCAGGUCUCAGUCUAAGCUUGCUGUUGAACUGCGCAUCAAUACUCAUCAAUGUGCUAAGUGUCUCGGCCAUAACCGGCUUGUUGAUCCUGCAAAACAAAGCUGUGGAUCAAAGUCAAAGAGGGGCAGCUAAUGGAAUUGCUAUGACUGCCAUGUCUCUCUUUAAAACUGUUGGACCAGCUGGAGCUGGCAUCUUAUUUUCUUGGAGCGAGAGGCGACUAAACGCCGCAUUUCUGCCAGGAUCACAUCUGGUGUUCUUCGUCCUGAAUGUGAUAGUGGUGGUUGGUGUAGCUCUUACAUUCAAGCCAUUUCUAACAACUGCCAGAAGGUGAAGUUGAUUGGAACUUGUGAUAAGGAAAUGUAUGGACUCGUUGAUUCUUUUAGUUUUAGAUUUGAAAAAAAAAUUUAAUAAUAUGUCACUAACCUUAGGCUUCCAGUUUUUUUCCUUUGUUUUGGUAAUGUGUGAUUUUCUACCAAAGAUUAUAGAAAUAAUACCUCUAUAUUAUCAUAA